AUGAAAUUCGGUCAAUAUUCUUCAAGCAAAGGUGAAGUAAUUUGUUAUUUCUUUAAUACUCCAACCAACUUUCUUCACGAUUCUGACACAACUAACUUUAAUAUUAUUGACACGAAAAUUGAUCAAUCUCCUGUCGAUAUCGAUUCCAUCGAAGUGAAAGAAGCCGAGGUAUCCAGACUUUUAAAGACUAUCGACCCGCACAAAUCAGCUGUACCAGACGGUAUCCCGGCGAUCUUCAUCGUACGUUGUGCGGGCUUCCUUACUUUGCCUCUGAGCAUCCUGUACCGCCGUUCUUCAAAGGAAGGCAUGUUUCCAAAUAUUUGA